CUCUCUCUCUCUCUCUCUCUCUCUCUCUCUGAGAUUAGGAAUAGCUCCAAUCCAGCAAUGGCUGCCUCCCAAACUGCCAAACCACCCCCAAAACCCAAAACCCCGAACCCCCAAAAGCCCACAGGCCUCUCCUCCCACCUCCUAAUGGUGGAGCUCAAGCAGAAGAUCCUCAACUCUCUCAACAAGCUCUCAGACAGGGACACCCAACAAAUAGCCAUUGAAGACCUUGAGAUGAUCAUAGAAACCCUAAUGCCAGAGGGAAUCCCCAUGUUCCUCAACUGCCUCUAUGAUACGGACCACCAGCAAAAGGUGGUUGUCAGGAAAGAGUGUAUCAGGCUUUUGGGUGUUCUAGCUACCUUUCAUGGUGAUUCAGUGUCAACGCAUUUGACAAAGAUCAUAACCCACAUUGUGAGGAGGCUCAAAGAUCCUGAUUCAGGGGUGAGAGAGGCCUGUAAUGGAGUAAUGGGGGUGCUUGCUGGUAGGUAUCUACAGGGAGAAGGAGCAGGAGCAGUUGCUGGUUUGUUUGUUAGGCCAUUGAUGGAGGCUUUAGGGGAACAAGGGAAGGCUGUUCAGGCUGGAGCAGCCAUGUGUUUGGCUAGAGUGGUCGAGAGUGGAGGCGGAGAAGUUGUGGCUUUUCAGAAGCUGUGCCCGAGGAUUGCUAAGCUUCUUGGAAACCAGAAUUUUGUAGCAAAGGGAGCAUUGUUGGGUGUUAUAUCGAGUCUAUCACAGGUAGGUGCACUUGCACCACAAAGCUUACCAGUACUUCUUCCAUGCAUUCAUGAAUGUCUUGAGAGUAGUGAUUGGGCCAACCGUAAAGCUGCAGCAGAUACUCUGAUAAAUUUGGCUGCUUAUUCUAGAAAUUUGGUGUUGGAAGGGGCUCCUUCGACCAUUACUGCAUUAGAAGCAUGCCGCUUUGAUAAGGUGAAACCGGUUAGGGACAGCAUGACAGAGGCACUUCAGUUGUGGAAAAACAUUGCAGGGAAAGGAGGAGAUGGAACUUCAGAGGAACCAAAACCCAUGUCACCGGAUGGUGAUAAGAGUAAGUUAAUCGAGUCUGUGGAGAAGCUGGGUAUUGAAAAAUCAAGUUCUAAUUCAAUAAAAUCUGAGUCAUCUGCAAAAGACACAUCAAAAUCAUCGAGCCCUCCGAAGGAUUCUCAUUCGAAACCUCAAGCAAAUAGUAGCAUAUCAGACAAAGCAGUUGGAAUAUUGAAGAAAAAAGCCCCCAUUUUGAAUGAUAAAGAGAUAAAUCCGGAGUUCUUCCAAAAACUUGAAACUAGGAACUCAGAUGAUUUGCCUGUUGAAGUUGUGGUGCCUCGUAAUUGUCUUAACUCCUCCAAAAUACGUGGUGAAGAGGAAUCAAAACUGAAGAAUUCUGAUUGUGGAAAUGGAUCUGGCAACAACGGGAUGCCAUCUGGGGAAAUCAAUGGAACCCAUGGAUCGAUUGCCACAACCCAUCUUAAUACCAAUAGAAAAGCAGGGCCUUAUAACAAACAAGAAGUCUCAGAUGACUUUGCAAAUGAUAAAUGGUUAGAACAAAGGUUCCAUAGAGUAAAGGACUCAAAACCGAGAACAUUGGAUUCUGAUGACCGGGCAGACAGUCAAAGGGAGCUGGGUGGUUCAAGAUUGAAUUUCUCCAGAGCUGACGGUUAUUCUGAUGGGUCCUUGAAUUCAAAAGGGAACUGGCUGGGAAUUCAAAGGCAGUUGGUCCUAUUGGAAAGACAGCAAACUAACCUCAUGAAAAUGUUACAGGACUUCAUGGGAGGCUCCCAUGAUAGCAUGGUAACACUGGAAACCCGGGUUCGUGGCCUUGAGAGAAUAGUUGAAGACAUGGCUCAUGAGCUAGGCACAUCAUCGGGUCGGAGAGGUAUGAUGCUUGGAUUCGAGGGACCCACUGCUCGAUCUUUGGGUAAAUAUGGGCCUUCUGAUUUCACCGGAUCGAAGUUGGGCAGGGGUGGGGACGGUCGGAUUUCAUUCUCAGAUAGGUUUUCAUCAUCUGAUGGCAUCAGGGGGCGGGACCCGCCUUGGGAUUCUUGGGACUCUUACCCCUAUGGAGCCCCAAGAAAUGGACAUUUGGGCUCUAGAAGAGUAAUGGGUAGUGCUUCAAAUGAUUGUAGAAUACCUAGAAUGGAAAAUGAAGGGGACCAACUAGGUAAUAAUAGGAGGGGUUGGGAAAGGGGACCAGGACCCACCGCAAGACUCGGUGAGGGACCUUCAGCUAGAAGUGUCUGGCAAGCCUCAAAGGAUGAGGCUACUCUUGAGGCAAUAAGAGUAGCUGGAGAAGAUGGGGGAACUUCUCGAACUAAUGCAAGGGUAGCUAUACCUGAACUUGAUUCAGAGAAUAUUGGGGAUGAUAAUAUAGGACAGGAGAAAGGACCACUUUGGGCUUCAUGGAGCCAUGCCAUGGAUUCCCUUCAUGCUGGUGAUGUAGACUCUGCUUAUGCUGAGGUCCUCUCAACAGGGGACGAUAUAUUGCUUGUGAAGCUCAUGGACAGAUCGGGACCCAUGAUUGAUCAGCUCUCUAAUGAAAUUGCCAUUGAGGUUUUACAUGCGGCUGGGCAGUUAUUGCACGAGCAAAGCUUUUUGGAUAUUGGUUUAUCUUGGAUACAACAGUUGUUGGACUUGGUGGUGGACAAUGGAGCUGAUUACUUGGGUAUUCCCUUUGAAGAGAAGAGAGGACUUCUCUUUUCAUUAUAUGAAGCUUCGGAGUUGGAAAUGCCAGAGGAUUGGGAGGGGGCGUCUCCGGAUGAAUUGAUCAUGCAGUUGGCUGCAGCAUGGGGUAUUGAUCUACAACAGUUUGACAAAUAAUAGUUCAACAAAUAUGUUUUAUUGGUUUACACUGUAAUUUCUUAUCUUCUGUCUUUCUGGAAAUUGUGUAUUUGUAUGUGUAGUUGCAUGGAUCCAGAAAUGAAACUGAUGUUGAUUGUUAAGGCACUCCAAGACAACACCCCGAAUUUUUAAGGCAUGCCUUUUCAGAAUUGGGGCUUACAUAGUUUUACUACAAUUGUUAUGAAA